UUAAAUGCUGCUGUAGGUCAAAAGCCUUUAGGUUUGGGUCUUGGAGGUCCACCACAAGGUGCAUCAUAUGGUUACCCAGGUCCCACCAAAAAGAUAGAGAUACCAAAUGGCAGAGUUGGUGUUAUAAUUGGCAAAGGUGGGGAGACUAUUAAGUAUCUCCAACUUCAGUCUGGGGCAAAGAUUCAGGUCACUAGAGACAUGGAUGCAGACCCUAAUUCUUCUACCAGAGGAGUUGAACUCACGGGCACACCUGAUCAAAUAGCUAAGGCCGAGCAGUUGAUUAAUGAUGUUCUUGCUGAGGCUGAAGCAGGUGGUUCUGGCACGGUUGCUCGACGGUUUACUGGACAGCCGUCUGGAGCAGAACAGUUUGUAAUGAAAAUUCCUAACAACAAGGUGGGGCUUGUUAUUGGUAAAGGAGGUGAAACCAUUAAAAAUAUGCAAGCAAGUUCAGGGGCUCGUAUCCAGGUGAUACCUUUACAUUUGCCACCGGGGGAUACGUCCUUGGAGCGGACCGUGCAAAUUGAUGGAAGCAGUGAACAGGUUGAGGCUGCAAAACAGUUGGUCAAUGAAGUCACAAGUGAGAACCGCCUUAGAAAUCCAGCGAUGAGCGGUGGUUAUUCUCAGCAAGGUUAUCAAAAUCGACCUCCUACAAGCUGGGCACAGCCCGGUGCACAAAUGCAGCAACAACCUGGUUUUGGCUAUGUUCAACCUGGUGCAUACCCAGGUCCAUCACCUCAAUAUAACUCGAAUCAACCUCAUUAUCCUGGUUAUCCUCCUCAACCCACCUCAGGUGGAUAUGCCACUGGCUGGGACCAAACAACUGCUCCACCAAAUCAGCAAACUUCUCAGGUAGGCAGCUAUGAUUACUAUAGUCAGCAGCCACCUGCUUACAGUCAAGGGCAAGGCUAUUCCCAAGAUGGCUAUGGUGGAUAUAAUGCAACAGCUCCUCAACCUAGUUAUGGUCAGCCCCAGCCAAAUCCCGUUCAGGGCUAUGAUCAGCAGCAGCAAGGUUACAAUUCUACCUAUGGCAAUGUCUUGAACCCAACAUCUGAUGGCCAACCCCCUGCAUAUGGAACCACUGGUGAUGCCACUCAAGCACCUGCAUCUGGCCAGGCUGGUUAUGGUGUCCCCCCAACUUCGCAGGGUGCUUAUGGAACCCAACCGCCGGCAGGCUAUGGACCACCUCAAGGUCAAAAACUUCCGAGUAGUCAGCCAGCUUAUGGGCAGCCACAGCAGUCACCAAGUGCCCAAGGAGGGUAUUCUCAGCCUCCAGUUCAGCCUAGCUAUGCUCACUCUCAGCCUCCACCUACUCAGCCAGGUUAUCCCCAGACAGAUUCUGGUACCCAGCGACCAUCAUCAGGUUAUCUGACAUCUCAGCCAGGGUACGGUCCCCCACCUUAUGGAGCACCACCGACUCAAACUGGAUACGGUGGUCAACAGCAGCCACCACUGCAUAACACAGCUUAUGGUGGUGGUUAUUCCCAACCGCCAGUUUACUCCGCUGAUGGUUCUGCAGGUGGUGGUGGUGCACGUGGAACUUACGAUGCAGCUCCAGCUCAAACUGUACAACCUAGCGGGUCUGCUAAAGCCUCACCACCCAGUUGAUGUGUCAUGGAGGUGAUACCAGGGUAUAUGCGGUGGUCUCUGGAAUGGUAAGCAUAUGGUUUAGAUAAGGUCUACUUUAGUAGUGAGGGUCGAAUUGAAUUUACUAUUUUGUUAAUGCCUUUUCUUAAUUAUUUUGGAAUCCUAGAUAUCUUUUGUGCUUUGUGUUACCCUUAAUUUCUUGUCUUGGAUUGUUAUUGCUCAUCGUGUUAAGAUUGUUAAAAUAUAACUUCUCUAGAUUUUGUUUCAUUAA